GAAUUUCCUUCAAAACUCAGCUUCUCUACGCAGUGGUUUUUAUCACUCGAUAUCUUGAUCUUCCUAACUGGAUUUCGUUGUAUAACACUUUGAUGAAAGUCUUCUUCAUUACCACAUCGGUUUAUAUUUUGUACUUGAUGAAACUCAAAUUUAAAGCCACAUAUGAUCCUAAUCAGGACACUUUUAGAAUAGAAUUUUUACUGGGAGCAUGUUUAUUGUUAGCACUAGUAUUCAAUUAUACUUUUACAUUUAUUGAGGUUCUCUGGACCUUUUCGAUCUAUCUUGAAGCGGUUGCAAUUCUUCCGCAGCUUUUUAUGUUAUCUCGCACAGGAGAAGCAGAGACUAUUACAACACACUAUUUGUUUGCGUUAGGCGCAUAUCGUGCCCUCUAUUUAUUGAAUUGGAUUUGGAGGUUUUACACUGAAAAUCACGUGGACUGGAUUGUAUGGAUUGCUGGUGCAAUUCAGACUGCGUUAUAUAGCGAUUUCUUUUACAUUUAUUACAAAAAGUAG